AUGUACCAGAAUGCGCGUUACUUGCUCUCAUCCGUUGAUGAUGCCAAUUGUCAGAUGGUUGUUCACGCCGCUGAAGCGCUUCUCGUCAACGCCACCGCUCUGACCGAUUUGCCCACCGAGGCGAGUCGCGAGUUACUUAAACGGGAUGAUUGGUACACGGUCGCGAGUUACUUAAACGGGAUGAUUGGUACACGGUGGAGGGACUUCGUCGAG